AAACCAUCUUCGUGAUUUAAUUACAAUUUAUCUUCCCCUUCCUGUGUCCCAGGUUUAUCCAGGAGAUCGAGUUGGCCAUGGAGCUGGGCCCAGCCAAGCAGUGCCCUCUGAGGGAGUUCCUCACCAUGUACAUCAAGAACAUCUUCCUCAACCAGGUCCUGGCCGAGAUCAACAAGGAGAUUGAAGGUGUCACCAAGGCCUCGGAUCCCCUGAAGAUCCUGGCCAACGCUGACACCAUGAAGAUCCUGGGAGUGCAGAGGCCUCUGCUGCAGAGCACGGUGAUCGUGGAGAAGACUGUGCAGGACCUGAUGGACCUCAUGCACGACCUGAGCGCCUACUCAGACCAGUUCCUCAACAUGGUGUGUGUGAAGCUGCAGGAGUACAAGGACACCUGCACCCUGGCCUACAGGAGCAUCGUGCAGUCGGAUGAGAAGCUGGUGAUCAGCGCCUCGUGGGCCAAGGACGAUGACAUCAGCAGGCUCCUGAAAUCCCUGCCCAACUGGAGCAACAUGGCUCAGCCCAAGCAGCUGAGGCCCAAGAGAGAGGAGGAGGAGGAUUUCAUCAGGGCUGCCUUUGGCAAGGAAUCCGAAGUCCUGAUCGGGAAUUUGGGAGACAAGCUGAUCCCUCAGCAGGAGAUCCUGCGGGACGUCAGCGACCUCAAAGCCUUGGCCAACCUGCACGAGAGCCUGGAGUGGCUGGCAGGACGCACCAAGGCAGCUUUCUCCAGCCUCUCAGCAGCCCAGACCACAUCCCCAGGCCAGGACAGCCACACCAGCCUGGAGCACCUUCCUGCCUCCGAGCAGAUCCUGCAGAGCCUGAGCGAGCUGGCCAGGUCCUUCCAGGAGAUGGCUGACCGCUGCCUGCUGGUGCUGCACCUGGAAGUCAGGGUUCACUGUUUCCACUACCUGAUCCCUCUGGCCAAGCAAGGGAACUAUGCCAUCGUGGCCAACGUGGAGAGCAUGGACUACGACCCGCUGGUGGUGCGGCUCAACAAGGACAUCAGCGCCAUCGAGGAGGCCAUGAGUGCCAGCCUGCAGCAGCACAAGUUCCAGUACAUCUUUGAAGGCUUGGGCCACCUCAUCUCCUGCAUCCUCAUCAACGGCGCGCACUACUUCAAGCGCAUCAGCGAGUCGGGCAUCAAGAAGAUGUGCAGGAACAUCUUCAUCCUGCAGCAGAACCUCACCAACAUCACCAUGUCCCGCGAGGCCGACCUGGACUUCGCCAGGCAGUAUUACGAGAUGCUCUACAACACAGCCGACGAGCUGCUGAACCUGGUGGUGGACCAGGGCGUGAAGUACACGGAGCUGGAGUACAUCUACGCCCUGAACCUGCUGCACCGCAGCCAGACGGGCGUGGGGGACCAGACCACGCAGAACAUGAGGCUGCAGCGCCUCAAGGAGAUCAUCUGCGAGCAGGCUGCCAUCAAACAGGCCACCAAGGACAAGAAGAUCACCACCGUGUGACCCCCUCUGCCGCCCACGUCGCCCGCGGCUGGCGGGUGGCGCCUCCAAGUUUUUUUUUUUUUGUUGGUUUUGUUCUGUUUUAAUCAAAGAAAAAGUGGGAAUCUUCUGGGUGUUGUGGUGAGGAGGGAAAUGCCAUUCGAGAUGUGGGGUUGGGGUGGUUUUGGUGGGUAUCCGUGUAAUGCUUCUUCAAUGUUCUCCCAAAAGUGAUUCCACAGCAGGAACCCCAGUGGGGUUUGGGGUGGGAUACUCAGCUUUGCUCUGUUGCUGCUGCUUUGCCUUGAGAUGUAAAGGGAGCUGUGGGGUGGGAAAAGGGAGAAUUGGGUCUUGGAAGUUCAGACCACACUAAAUAAUCAGUACCCUGCCAGUCAAUCCCAGACCUGUUGAUCACAAGUGGGAUCGUGAUGGUUUGGAGAUCUUUUUUGGAGCCUGCUCAGCUCUGCUAGUGCUUUCUCCAGGUUGUUCCCACAUGAAGUUUCCUGCUGUUUCCACUGCUAAAAGAUGGGAUUGUUUAUCCCUUCAGGUGGUGAUCAGCCAGUUCUGCACGUGGGAGGUAACACGGGAGCAUUUGUUUCCACUUCUCCUCUUUCAUUAUCCCGGAGCCAUCUGGCGCUCCUGCAGCGCCGGGUGGAUGCAGGAGAAAAUUGCCAAUAUAAAAUAACAAAAAAAGCUUCCUUCUCCUGUCCUGAAUGUUAUCUUUGAGUCCCUCCAGCUCCAGAGAUAUUUUGUGGCUGUACUUGAUGCACUGGAAGGACAGGCAGAGUUGUGUAGCUCAGCACCAAUGAUCAGCAAAGGCAGGAGGGCACCAAAUCCGGGGUCUGAGGCACACCCAGGGCACCAACUCUGCCCUGCCUUGACCCUCUAAAUUCACUUGGCAAAAGGUUUCUUAUUCCUCCAAAAUCAGAAUCCACUGCAUUUGUAAUUGCCAGGAAAAGUGGGGACCCAGCUGGGUUUCCUGUGCUGAGAAAGGUUCUCUCUGAGCUGUAGGUGCUUUGUGUGUCAACCUUGAAAUUGCAGAAUUAAAGGAUGUUUAAAAUCCC